AGAUGAUGUCACGUUUGAGUUUCCUAUUCUUAUUCCUGUGUGUUGUAAUACAGCGGAAGGCCAUUGGUGUCAAUGGGUGUUGCAGCUGCGAGGAGGUAAUUUAAAGAUAUCAAAACGUUCUUGGCAUUUAAUAAUCUAAAUGCAUACUUCCUUUUUCAAUCAUUCCGUUAUCAAUCUUUCCACUUUCUUUCCGGUUUCCAUGUAAGGUAAUUCAAGUCUCAGAUUCUGGAUUCCACGCUGUGGAUUCCGGAUUCCGGAUUCCAAUCGUUAGCGAGAUUCCGGAUUUCUUGAGCUAAGUUCAGGAUUCGAAAGCCGAGGAUUUCGGAUUCCACAGGCAAAAAUUUCUCUUAUUCCGGAAUCUGGAUUAUCUUACGUGGGGCAAUUUUGGAUCAUUUUACGUUUCUGGGAAACUGCCCACAUAAUAAUAAUAAUAAUAAUAAUGGAAUUUAUAUAGCGCUUAUACAUAGCUGUUCUACCCCUCCCCUAAGCCAACAUUAACACUUACGUCUCACUUAGGGCAAAAUGUUGGCUUAAGAGGGAGGGGUAGGUGGGCAGUUUCCCAGAAACGUGUAAUGAACCCAUAUGAACAAUUCGACUUGAGGACAACUACAAAUAACUUACUAACUGUCAGUUGUCUUUUGUCAGUUUCCCAAAGACUGCUACAGUCUUCCACUGAACUCACCAAGUGGUGUGUAUAAGAUACAGCCCCUGGUCGACAAAAAGCCUUUUGAUGUGUACUGCGAGAUGGGAAUUCAUGGUGGAGGCUUCACCUUUCUUCCUCGUGGCUUCACUAGAUUACCAUAUGCACAAAAUAUCGUCAAAGUUCUAUUUCGAGACAAGAAGAACGUACUACUUAAGUUGCAGAAAAAGGUUGAUCGUAGCGAGGCAUACACUCUGAUCCAGCCUCAUCCGUCGUUCGCGAACACAGAGUUUGGUGUGUUAAUCAACAGCUUCCAGGGUUACACCACGCCACAGAACGCCUUCAUGAAAGAGUACAUCUUCCUCGGUAUUAUUCCUGCAUCAGCUGCACGCCGCCGAAGUGUUCAAGGCUUCAGAUCCAAUGGGCACACAGUCCAGUUUAGAAAUUGCGAUGCCAAUCCCAACAGCUAUUUUGCAUUCAUGCCAAACCACAAUCUGCAAACUCCCAGUUCCUACCACAGCCACAACCUAAUCUACGAGAAAGUAGGUGUGGGUGUCGACUGGCGCUCCAAGGCAAUUCCCAUCACCCAUCCUGAUCGCACCAUGCCGAACGAAUUCUUCUUCUUGACAGAGCUGCAUUUUGGAGGCUGUGGAACCUACACCUCCAGUAACCGAUGGAGCAAGUUUGGCUUUCAUGCCACCGCCAUUGGAAUUCGCUAAGAGUUGGCUUUUCCCUUCUCACCUUUAGAUUGCUAAUUCGACGUAGCCACAAACUUCUGUUUUUGUGUUGACUUAUUUUAGGGUAAAACUUUUGAACUUUUGGUGUUUCAGUUUUCGCAACGAUUUCAAUAGAACGACCUUAAGUUUCAAGUACUCAGUACAUUUCGAAAAGUUGGUCGGUUUCGGAUUAGAUGUAAAUGUAAGUUAAAUUUAUGUCAGACAAAAUCAGGCUAAGUGUUUGUUGUAACGUAAAGAAACAGGUGAGAACAAAGAAAAAUAAAAGUUGUUA